AUAAACCUAUACACGCUUAUUAUUAUUUAUUUUACCCUAUUUUUUGGUCCCAUAAUUACUAUAACCAGCUCUAAUCUUAUACUCAUGUGAAUUGGCCUAGAAAUAAGCCUACUCUCAAUUAUCCCCUUAUUAGUUAACAAAAACAACCCACGAUCAAUCGAAGCAGCAACUAAAUACUUUAUUACACAAGCCACAGCCUCCAUAAUUUUCCUUCUAGCAAUUUCCUCUAACUUUUACCAACUAGGAAUCUGAUCAUUUCAAGAACAAACUAACAACUUUAUCAUCAUGCUCACAACUAUUUCUAUGACUAUAAAAUUAGGUUUAGCACCAUUCCACUCAUGAUUACCCGAAGUAACACAAGGUAUCCCACUUCACACAGGAUUACUUAUUCUUACAUGACAAAAAAUUGCUCCCCUGUCUAUCCUCUUUCAAAUCCAUGAACUUCUCAACAUCAAGCUUACCACUACAAUAGCAAUUAUCUCAAUUAUCGCAGGAGCGUGAGGAGGCCUCAAUCAGACCCAAACGCGAAAAAUUUUAGCAUACUCAUCUAUUGCCCACAUAGGAUGAAUAAUUGCAAUUCUUCCUUAUAACCCAUACAUAACAAUUUUUAACUUCUCUAUCUAUGUUCUUCUUACUUUCUCAUUAUUCAUUAUAUUCAUAUCAUACUCCCUCACAUCUAUUAACCUAGCAUCACUCACAUGAAACAAAAUUCCCACAAUAUUAUUUAUUUUUCCUACAACCCUUCUAUCCCUAGGGGGCUUGCCCCCACUAACAGGCUUCCUACCAAAAUGAUUAAUCAUAACUGAACUAUUAAAAAAUAAUAGUAUUAUUUUAACAACAUUAUUAGCCAUAACUGCACUACUAAACCUAUUUUUUUAUACACGACUAAUUUAUUCUACAACUCUUACCAUCUUUCCCACAAACAAUAACUCUAAAAUAAUUUAUCACCAAACAAAUCCUAAAACUAAUAUUAUAUUACCUAUUACUACUACUAUAAGCACACUACUACUUCCUUUAACACCCUUAUUAAUAGUUUA